AUGCUGCGCGUCAUGCCGCCCGGCGGCGGCGGGCGCAGUUCCCUCCACGGCAGCCUGCCGGGCGGCGGGCGCAGCAGCCUGCACGCGUCGCUCCCCGGCGGGCUGCCCGGCGCGUCGGCCCCGGGCCCGCGGGGCCCGCCGCGGGCGGCCCGGGGCCUCAAGCGCCAGGAGAGCGCGUCGCUGGGCGUGCGCCGGUCGCAGGACGCGCAGCGGAAGAGAGACCUCGAGCUCCGCGCGUCGCAGCAGCCGCCGUCGCCGACGGGCGACGAGCCCCGGAAGCGCGGCACGUUCCACGGCGGCGCGCGCGCGACGUUCAACCGCAACUCGCGGGGCACGUUCCGCGGGGCCAUCGGCGGCCUGCUCCGCACGUCCAAGGUCGACCCGGAGCCGGAGCCGGCCGAGGAGACGGACUGGGACGACUUCGUCGACGCCGCGGUCGGCGACGAGGAUCUGGACGAGCUCGACGCGCGGUUCCCCGUGCUGACGACGGCGUCGCGGACGUUCCGCGUGAUCGACGCCUGCGGGCUCGUCGCCGUGGUCUUCGUCGCGUUCUGGACGCCGUUCCGCGUCGCGUUCGUCGAGCGGGACGACGUCGCGUACGACGCCGUCGAGGACCUGAUCUCGCUGGCCUUCUUCGCGGACAUGGCGCUGCGCUUCAACACGGCCUUCCGCCACGACAACGGCAUGCUCGAGCGGCGGCGGUCCGUCAUCGCGGCGCGCUACUGCCGGGGCAGCUUCCUCUUCGAUUUGCUCGCGACGGUGCCCUGGAGCCGAAUCAUCGUCGACGGCGCGGGCCGGACGGCCUACGUCAGCGACCGCUACCGCGUGCCCGUGCUGCCCAUGUUCCGGGCCCUGCGCCUCGCGUGGAUGCCGAGGCUGCGCGAGUACCUGGGCAAGGGCGCGCAGCGCCUCGACGUGAACCAGGGCUUCGCGCGGCUGGCCUACAUCGCCGUCCUGCAGCUCGUCAUCACGCACACGCUCGGCUGCAUCUGGUACAUCAUCGGCAAGUGCGACGUCGCGUCGCGGGACGCGCGCGAGGACGUCAUCUGCGUGAGCUCCUUCGGUUUGGACGACGAUCUCGCGUACUUCGCCGCCUCGGGCGCGGACGGCUAUUCGUCGCGGUGCACGUGGCUCGAGCUCUACGACAUGCGGCGGGGCACGAACGUGGAGAAGUACGUCGCCGCCGUCUACUGGGCCUUCUCGACGCUCACGACCGUCGGCUACGGCGACAUUAAAGCCUCGACGAACGACGAGCGGCGCUUCGCGAUGAUCGUCAUGCUCACGGGCGUGUCGUGGUACGCGUACAUCGUGUCGACGACGUCGUCGAUCAUGGCGACCUUCGAGUGGGAGAGCAACCGCAUCCGGGAGCGCAUGCUCAAGGUGUCGGGGUUCCUGCGGGAGAACAAGCUCCCCGACGACCUGAGCCGCCAGAUGGUGCGGUUCUACAACCAUUUCUACAGUUCGAACACGUGGAAGAUGGCGUCCUACGACGGGUCCGAAUUGCUGCAGGUCAUGCCGCCGACGCUGCGCUGCGACGUCAUCUUGUAUGUGGAGCGGGACUUGAUAGCAAAAAUCCCGUUCCUGGACAACAAGUGCGGCGCGUUCAUCGCGGACCUCGUCGUCAUGCUCCAGCCGUGCUCCGUGUCCGCGGGCGAGUACGUCAUCCGCGAGGGCACGAUCGCCAACGAGAUGUUCUUUCUCGUCAAGGGCAAGGCCGUCGUUUUAGCGAAGGGCGCCAAGGUCCACGCGUUCAACGCGGGGUCCUACUUCGGCGAGGUCGGCUGCAUCCGCGGCGCGGUGCGCACGGCGUCGAUCAAGGCCAUCAUGCGAUCCGAGCUCCAGACGCUCCACAAGUCGUCCCUCCUCAGCCUCAUCGAGGAGUACCCGGACACGCGCGACGAGCUCAACAUCACCGCGGACGCGCGGACCGCCGACACGGUCCAAGUCAUGGCCAAGUCGCCGGGCCCGAAGCCCGGCGUGUCCCGCCAGACCUCGGGCCGGAAGCAGUCCAUCUGCUCGCCGGGCCUCGCGCGCCAGACCUCCGACCGGAGCUACAAGGCGCCGCCGGCCGACGCGGCCCCGGGCGGCGACGCCGUCACGACGCGCCACCUCAAGGACAUGGUCAAGCGCGAGCUCGCCGCGUCCCGGACGGAGAUCGCCGCGCUCGUCCGCGCCGUCGUCGCCCGCGAGCUCGACGCCCAGAACUCGGACGCGGGACCCCUGUCGCCGGCCGCCCGGCCCCGCGUCGUCGCGACCAGCCUGAUGGGCUGCCUCGUCCGGUGGCUCGCGGUCGCCGGCGCCCAUGUGCUCGCCGUUGCCGCACCGGAGGCGCUGCCGCGUCCGGACGUGGCGCUCUGCACGCCGGGCGGCGCCGCGCCGGGCUGCGCCUUCGCGGUGGCCACCAUGGCCUCCGCGCCGUCGCUGCCGGAGCUCGAGCUCUUCGUGCGCACGCUCGCGCGCUUCGACGGGUCGCGGCCGCUCUACGUCGCCGUCGACGCCGCCGCCGGCGCCUGGCUCCGGGCGCAGACGUUCAUGGCGGCCGUCGCGCUCGACGUGCUCGAGAAGUACGGCCCGCGCGGCCGCGACGGCCUCAAGCGCCAGAAGCACCGCAACGCGACGGACCCCUGGCUCUCUUUGCAGCUGGAGAAGACGACGGUCAUGGAGGCCGCGCUCGACGCGGGCCACGCCGGCGUCCUGUUCGCGGACGCGGACGUGAUCUGGCUGAGCCCGCUGCCCGCGAUGGGGCCCGAGGCCCUGGGCGUGAGCCGCUGCCUCUGCAGCAAGCACACGGAGCGCCGCUACGGCCGCUACAACGGUGGCAUGGUCUUCGCGCGGAACGCGUCCGUGCUAGACGUCUGGCGCCGCGCGUCCGUCGGGAGCCGCUACUACGAGCAGUCGGCGCUCGAGGACGUCGUCCGCGCGGUCCCGAGCUUCCUCCUGCCCCGCGAGGCCGACGUCGCCGCGCUCUACCUCCUCAAAUCCCACUCCCACGACGGCCGCGACCACGCGGCGGACCUCGAGCUCGCGGACGACAACGCGACGGUCCUCUGGAUGCGGCGGCCGCUUCUGAGCGCGCACGGCCACGUGCUCCCGGGGCCCCAGUACGCGCGCUGGGCCCGGCCCGCGGCGGACCGCCUCCGGGCCGUGUUGGGCCGGUCCGUCAUCCGCGACGACCUCUGCGCGACGCACGCGGCGCUUUCGACGCGCUUCGCCGACGCCAAGGACGCGUACGCACUCCUCGAACCCAUCCGAGACGCCUUCGACGAGCUGCGCUCCGUGCAUCCGGACGCGCUGGCGCCGCAGCUGGAGCCGCCGGCGCCGGGCACGACGCUGCACGCCAAGGACGCGAAGUUCCAUUGCUACGCGGCGGGAACCACGCGCGCGAUGCGAUGGCUCUACGCCGCCGACGAGUCCACGCUGGAGCUCUUCGAGCCGCUGGCGGCGCACUUCCGGCCCCACUUCGACAUGACCGUGUCGGCCGCGGGCUGGGACGGCGACGGCGACGGCGCGCCGCUGACCGUGCUCUCGGCCGCCAGCUUCGUAGCGGUCGUCGGCGCCGACGAGGGCAUCUCGGACGAGAUCGCCCGCUGGCACGAGGACUGGGGCGCCUGCGGCGACCACGAGGCGUUCAGCGUGCUGCUUCCCAUGCAUCAUGUUGACAUCACCGCCCAAAAAGCCUACCGGCUCGAGUAUCGGACGUGGGAGAACGACCGCGUCAACGUCUACGACUAUCAGCUCGGCGACGCGGUCCUCGUCGACGGCCGCGCGCCCCACCGGACGGCGCCCUUCUCCGCGGCGGACCUCGAAGAGGCCGACGGCGUCCGCGUCCUCGUGUGCCUCAACUUCGCGUCCACGGACCCCGCGGCGCGCGACGGCCAGCUCGACACGAUGCGGAGGCAGACGCCCAACUUCUUCCACCUGCCCCACUAA